AUGCAUUCAAUCUGGCUGAGUUUCUGCGGCCUUUUAUUGGUGCUGAGCAGCCACGGCUGCCUUGAGGCGGCACCAGCCAAGAAGCAGGUGGCAACCAAGACGGAGCAGCUGGUGCGCGUCUAUCCCAUCAAUGAGGAGCAGUAUGAGCGGCUGCUGAAGCUGACCGAUGGCAAGAAUGUCAUUUCGGAGGCGCGUCUGACCAGCGCCGGCUUCACUUCGGUGCGCAACACUCUCGACUCCGGCUGGCAUUCGCUGCUGCGCAUCAUGGGCCUGACCACGACCAGUUACGCGGAGGAGACCAAGGUCGACAUCGACGGCCAGCCCCUGUGCGUCAUGCAACGCAGUCUGGCCGACGCUGCCAAGCCCGCUGAGAGCGAGCCGCGUGCUCCGUUGGCCCGAGCUGCCGGUGAAGACGAUUCGGUUAUCAAUUGCAUUGUGGUGCUCAAGCGGGAUCCCGCCUUGGAAGUGCUCAGCUCCAGCAAUCCCGACUUUGCGCCCUACUGGUACCAUGAAAAUGAGCAGCAGUUACAGCUGAAACCCCAAACUGCCGAGAUAGUUGCUGAGCAGGUGGCUGCGCCCGAGGACGAGCACGAGCAACGCCUGGCCGCAACGAGCACAGUUGCGCCCAGGAAGCGCAACCAGUCCAAGUCACAGUCCAAGUCCAAGCUGCACAGAACCCGCACCUCGCUUGACUCGGCUGCGCGUCAAUAUGGCUCGCCUUAUGCCCCGCCUCCGCCGCCACCCCCACCACCAGCUCCUUAUGGUGGCGGCUAUGGUAGCCCCUUUGGCGGCCCUUAUCCCUACGGCGGCUACAACCAGAGUCCCUACAGUCAAUACAAUCCAUAUGCACCGCCUUUUGGCCAACAGCCGCCGUUUGGCCCCCAGCUACCUUUUGGCCCACAGCCAUACUAUCCCUCGCAGUUCUAUGGACAGGUGCCUCCCUUUAAUCCCUAUCCAUACUAUGAGCAAGCCGAGAAGGAAGACAAACACGAUGAUGAUGACGACGACGACGAAGGCGACGAGUUCGGUGAAAGUGCGGAAGGCGAGUUUACGUUAGACUCAGCCUAUGAUCAUGAUUUUUACGAAUAA